CAUGUAUUUCGAUCUUACUGGAAUAGAGAUACAUGUAUAAUAAGCAUAUAAGGAUACUAACUGGAAAAUGGGUUACACUGAUGAAGGAGAUUUUUGGGCCCAAGACAAAGAUUGUAAUCCAUUUAUCAUGGUGCUGAAGAACCGGUACGAACUCUGCGAAGAUCUCAAAUACGUCAUCUCCGUACCAGAUCUCUGUGAUGUCAUGUUUUUGGUUGGACCGGAAAAGAUCCCCGUAUAUGGCAUUCGAGCUAUUUUGGCUACCCGCAGCAGACUGAUGUACCAGAUGAUUUUGAAAAGUCGUAACCAAACAAAUACCGCAGUAAAGGAAACUUCAACACUUAAAAGAGGGAUCCAAUCAGUGAAAAAAGCGCUGGCCAGGAAGAAAUGCACACCUCAAAAGGAGAAAUCCGCCCCACAAAGCGUCACAAUUGAGAUAAAGGAUUUCGACAUCAGCGUCUUUGAGCGUCUUAUGCGUUACAUCCAUUGUGGAGUUGUUUCCGUGGAUGCCAGAACUGUAAUUGGAAUGAUCAAUGCUGCGAAAAUGUUUGAGUUUCCGGACCUCCACACGGCCUGUUGGGAGUUUGCAAUGGAAUGUUUGCGGGCCGAUACCUUACCACUGCUACUAGAAGGAGCGACUCAGUAUAGCCAAUAUAAGGAAACACGAAAACUAAUGCAAAAGGUGCUCUCCUACCUUGGGGAAUCUCCUGACGUCAUCCAGUGCUGCCCGGAAAUACAAAAAUUGAUCCCACUGCGUUCCGAUGAGUAUAUGUGUUGAAAUAAAGAGGACCAAGAACAACCAAAGGAAAAACAAUUCAGUGCUGUUACAGUAGAGAGACAUGCAACAAUCAACAAAAGUUCGAAAGUUGUCAAGGCAAUUAACGAUGCUGUUGAACAUUGAAACAAAGUGAGGAAAAUACCCCGAUACUCUCAUCAAUAUUGACUCACAUGUUAUUGUGUUGUCACCAAAAA